CACGAUCUACUCUUUGUAUAUUCAAUUCAAAUGCCCUCUACGUUAAUCUCUACACGACUACACUAUUCGAGACAUUAACAAUGAAGCCAAAUACAUCGUCAGGCGCUCGAUAUUUCAUCGUUUUCUGCUUCGCCGUAAUCCUUUCCCUCUGCGUUCUCGCCACAAUCAACCAAGCAGAAUUCCACACCCUAAAGAAGUUGGGAAAAUGCGCAUUUUCAAACCCCCCGCCGUCCCCCAAUUCUUCCCCGGCGGCGAACGCCACAUCCGCCGCCGCCGCCGGCGACGACGAGAUCCGAAUCCUCAUCGGAAUCCUGACCCGCCCGGACAGCUACGACAAGCGCCACUUUCUCCGCCUAAUCUACGGCACGCAAUCUCCGCCGCCGCGCGCGAGAAUCGACGUCAAAUUCGUGUUCUGCAACCUCACGAAAGCCGACCAGAGAAUCCUCGUAGCCCUCGAAAUUAUCCGCUACAACGACAUCAUCGUACUCGACUGCAAAGAAAACAUGGACAACGGCAAAACCCACGCCUAUUUCUCCACCUUGCCGGAGAUUUUCUCCGGCGCCUCCCCGCCGUACCAUUACGCGAUGAAGGCCGACGACGACACCUAUCUCCGCCUCGAAAACUUGGUGGAAUCUUUGCGGCCAUUGCCGAGACAAGAUUUGUACUUCGGCUACGUUAUCCCGUGCCCGAGCAUGGACCCUUUCGUGCACUACAUGUCCGGGAUGGGGUACUUAAUUUCUUGGGAUUUAGCAGAGUGGAUCAGAGAUUCUGAAAUCCCCAAGAAAAAUAUGGUCGGCCCUGAGGAUAAAAUCUUAGGGGAGUGGCUCCGUGACGGCCGGAGAGCCAAGAAUCGGUACAACGCCAAGUGGUCAAUGUACAACUUUCCGGAGCCGCCGACGGGGUGCACCCACGAGCUUUGGCCGGAGACCAUUGCGGUUCAUUUGCUUAAGACCCAGGAGAAGUGGAUUAAGACUUUGAAGUAUUUUAAUGUCACUAUGAAUUUAAAGCCCUCUAAAUUAUACCAUAUACCAUAGCAAUUAUGAAUUAAUCACUUAAUUGUCAAUUUUUUUUGGACGAAAUUGUAUUUUAUUGUAUUACUCCAAGUUCACAAUGAUAGUUAUUAGAAAAUAUUUCAUUUCAA